UGGACAUAUCUGGACGUUUUUUUUCUUCACUGCUACACAUUAACAUACAGGUGAAGGUAGAGGUGUAGACAGGGCACCGGUGGUACUUACACUUUCAGGAGCCGGGAGGAGGAUACACCUCGGGAAAAGAAGAAACCAAAAGCGAGAGUCACCCCAGCACACCACCAUGACAGACUCGGACAUCAUCCAGCAGCUGUCGGCCGGCGAGGCGGACAAGGCUCUGGAACUCAUCCAGUUAGCUGACCAGGAGGAGCUGGGGAAGCUCACGGAUGACCUAGGCCGGACAGUGGCACAUCACGUGGUGCAGCAUCUGAUGGCCGGCUCACCGGACGCCGUGCCGACGCUGCUGAAAGCUCUCGUGGACAAGGGGUUCAACAUUGCCCAACUCGACCAGGAGGGCAAAAGUGCAGCUGAUGCCCUGGGUGAGAAGGCGAGAGAGGAGGGUAUUCUGCUACCUCUCCUGAAGGCGGGAGAGGGGAGCGCCCUGGAAAAGCUUGUCCUGUCCGGGUGGCGGGUAAACCUGUCACUGUCGUCUGAGCUGAUGGAAUCUCUCCCAGAGGAGGCGAGGGACAAGGUGAAACAACUGGAGGAGCUCCAGACACAGAUCAGUGGCGUGCACAGUGCUGUGAGAGAAGGGCGGCUGGAGGAUGUGAAGGAGCUUACGGCAAAGCUAACGUCCCUCGCCGAGGCUCUGGACCCCGGUCACCUGCCGCUGCUGCAUGAGGCGGUCAUCUUUGGUCAACCGGAGAUCACAGCGCACAUCCUAGAGACAUUCCCCCUGACUAUCAACGCCAAGGACCACCUGCAGAGAACGGCCUUGCACUACGCGGCAAGCUGCCCGGACGAGGGGCGGCUCUACCAGAUACUGGCGUCUGCAGGGGCGGACGACACAGUCAAGGACGUGCUAGGAAAGAGCCCGGCCGACUACCGCGCAGAGCCGACACAGCUCUCCCUCGUAGAGGUCAAGGACAAAGCUCUACGUCUGCUUGGUUCUCCGGAAAAGGCCGAGUCGAGGCCGCAGUCGUCUGCAGACAGAGCGGCCGAGGGGGAAAAGCCGAUGGCGGCCAUUGAGGAGGAGCCAGACGACAACGGGGCAGAAGCCGGGGGUCAAGGGGGUCAGGAGGCUGAGCAAGCAGCACAGCAGGAGCCUGAACCUCCUAAAACUCCUCCCAAACCAGCCACGCCCCCUGGGCCUAAAGUUGUCAAGCCUGUGGAUGUGUACGUGUCGCGUCAGCCACAGCGCCAAGCCCCGCCCCCUAGCACAGCUGAGGGGCUGUACAUCGCUCAGCAUCUGGGCACCGCCCUCACCCUGGCGCUGGCCGAGAUAGCGGAAAAGCGGCCAUGGGACCCCAUCGAGUACCUGGCCAACUGGCUCUACAACUACCAUGACAACACCGACUAUGCCAGGAAGCGCCCGGGAGGCGGCCCUCGCCCAGAAGCCCCAGCUGCCCACGGUGACGGAGGACGAAGAGGCGGAGGCCGAGGCGGAGGACGAUGACCCCGGGGUCAGGGACAGGGACGUCAACGGCAUGACCGAGAUGCACAAACUGGCCUCUCAACCAGAUGAACAGGACACCUCUGCAUUAUGCAAAUGGAGUAUCUGCUGACUUAACAGAUUUGCUGGUAUCAAAAGGUGCAAGCAUUAAGUCUAGGGACGCGAUGAAACGGACCGUCCAGUACUACAAAGAGCACAGCUCAGAAAUCGCCGCCAUCCGUGAAAGCCUCGGCAUCAAAGCUCCGGCUGUGGCGGCAGAGCCCGUGGAAGAGCAGCAGGCAUCACUAGAUGACCCCAACGUGAGUACCGGAGACGCCGACACGACAAUAGCGGCUGACCAGACGCUCAGCGGCAGUGAGCCCAACACCAGCGUGACGGCCGACACCAGCGCGGCAGAAAACGCCGACACUGCACCCGAGGCAGAGCCGGCCCAAGUGGCCACCGUGGUCACUGGGGACUCUUCCGAGCAACAAUAAGCUCAGUAACAACCACUGACAGUACUGCGACUGGGGUCACUACAAUGUACGUGGGCAAUCAGGUAGUAACUGGGGUUAAUAGAAGUCCCAGGUUGGAAGCAAGAAAUUUCAGAGAAAGCAUUACCCGGUAACAAUCUCACUUUCAAAUACGCCUCAUUUUGACUCAGCAUGAGAGACUUCAAAGGACAUUUCCAAGCCAUCAUAGUCAUGAGGUGACAACUACCUAUACUAAAAACACGUUCUAACAUCUUUGCUCUUUUUUUUCGAUAGCAUUUCUCUCCAACCCAAAGAAGAUCCUUACUGAACCAUAUGAUGUCGCCUCUAUCUGUACACAUAAGGAACUGCUACAUCGUUUGUUGAUUUAUCUACGCAUUAGUGAUUUCAUCUCUUUUAUGUUUGUGUUUGUAAGCUUUGACUGUGAUCCUUAGCACCAUGACAAAACCUCAUACUUUAUUUAAUUUUGUAACAACUUUUGUAACAAAACUUAAUAAAACCAUUAAAACAUAC